AUGUCUGCGCCGCCUGUACCCGCGUCUGUUCAAAAGAGCCUCGAUGCAACCAAGGUCGAGUAUGUUAGCCUUGGAACCUCCGGCCUCAAAGUCUCUGUUCCUAUCCUGGGUGGCAUGUCUUUUGGAUCCAGUGAAUGGCAAAAUUGGGUACUCGAUGAGGAGGAAUCUUGCGAGAUCCUCAAGGCUGCCUACGACCGCGGCAUCAACACCUGGGACACCGCCAACAUGUAUUCCAACGGCGUGAGCGAGAAGGUCAUUGGCAAGGCAAUCAAAAAGUACAACAUUCCCCGCGAAAAGCUUGUCCUCAUGACGAAGUGUGCUAUGCCCGUGGGAGAGGAUGUCAGCUUGUUCACUCCCAUGUACGCGCAGCAAAUGGGACAAAGCAAGGACUAUGUCAACCAAGGCGGGCUCUCCCGCAAGACCAUUUUCAAGGCUGUUGAUGACGCCCUCGAUCGCCUCGGAACGACCUACAUUGAUCUGUUCCAGAUCCACCGCUUCGACCCAGCCACGCCCAUUGAAGAGACCAUGAAAGCCCUCCACGACCUCGUUCAGGCCGGCAAGAUCCUCUAUAUCGGCGCUAGCUCCAUGUGGGCGACUCAAUUCGCCCAAAUGCAAUUCACUGCCGAGAAGAACAGCUGGACAAAGUUCGUCAGUAUGCAGAACUUCUACAACCUUCUCUACCGUGAAGAAGAGCGUGAGAUGAUCCGCUUCUGCAAGGAGACGGGCGUCGGCAUCAUCCCUUGGUCUCCGCUCUUCGGCGGAGCCCUGGGAAGGUCACUGAAGUCAGAGAAGGCAAGCAUUCGCUCGCAAGCCAAGGGUCUGACGUGGCCUGAUCUUACGGAGGCGGAUAAGAACAUCAUUCGCAGGGUCGAAGAGGUAGCCGAGAAGAAAGGAUGGAGUAUGAGCCAUGUUGCGCUUACCUGGAUCAGGUGCAAGGGCGGCAUUCCAAUCACGGGUUUUAACACCAUUGAGAGGAUUGAUGAGGCUGGGCAGCUGCGCGGAAAGACGUUAACAGAAGAUGAGGUGAAGUACCUGGAGGAACCUUACAUCCCUAAGAACGUCGUAGGGCACAACUAG